UAUUUUAUUUCCAACUUCCCAUCUCCUCCCAUUUCUUCUGCUUGCCUUCCUAAUUGCUUCAAGGCAAAGACUUUCGCAUCGCUCCACAUAUAUAUAUCGUCACGGAUUCUUAAAGGAGAUUAGGGUUUUGAUUUUGAAUCUUGAUCGACCAUGGAGCGACCGAGCAACGGAGGAAUCUUGUACCACGAGGUUCAGGAAGCCAAUCUCUGCGCCGUUCACUGCGUCAACACCGUGCUCCAGGGUCCUUUCUUCUCCGAAUUCGAUUUGGCUGCCGUCGCCUCCGAUCUCGACGGGAAGGAGCGCCAGGUCAUGCUCGAAGGCGCCGCCGCAGGAACCUUUUCCGCCGGCGAUUUCUUCUCUGAGGAGUCUCACAACGUUUCCCUCGGCGGCGAUUUCAGUAUCCAGGUCUUGCAAAAGGCUUUGGAAGUGUGGAACUUACAAGUGAUCCCUCUCAAUUGCCGCGAUGCAGAGCCUGCGCAGAUAGACCCCGAGCUUGAAAACGCAUUCAUCUGCCACUUGCACGACCACUGGUUCUGCAUAAGGAAAGUGAACGGAGAAUGGUAUAACUUCGACAGCCUUCUCGCCGCACCGCAACACCUGUCGAAAUUCUACCUCUCUGCGUUUCUCGACUCUCUCAGAGGCUCAGGAUGGAGCAUCUUCAUUGUGAAAGGAAACUUCCCGCAGGAGUGUCCCCUGUCUUCUUCUGAGGCUUCAAACGGUUUUGGUCAGUGGCUUUCUCCUGAAGACGCAGAGAGGCUGUUAAAGACCACGGGAGCAGUGCGGAGGAGUUCUCCUUCUUCUGCCAGUGGAAACAGAACUAGUGAUAAUGUUGAUCAACAGAGACCAUACGAGGCAUUGUCGAGGGAGGAAGUGAGGGCUUUUUCGGAGAUGGAGGAUGAUGACUUGAAGGCAGCGAUUGCAGCGAGUUUGCUGGAUGCUUGUGCGGCUGGUGCUAAUCCUGGAGCUGUUGGGUCUUCUUCUCAAAAGGAAUCUGAGAAACAAAAGUAGCUGAGAAAAUAGAGAACCAAAGGCUUUUCAUUGAUGUGGGUGAAGGAACACUUACUUUGAUUCUGUUUUUGUUUUUGUUGUCUAAAUAUUUUACAUACAGAACAUAGAAAGCUUUACAUCGACAGAAACCAAAGGGCUUGUGAUAUGGUGUUUUGUUUGAGUUCUUUUUUUUUUGGUAAAACAACCCAUCUUUAAUUCUGAAAAUCUUAAAUACUGAAAUGGUAAAUGUUUCAAAUA